UGCAAGAGGUGAACGUCAGUAAAAAUAAAACCUUUACAUCGUUUAUUCAAAUUAAAUAUCUAAUAAGAAAUUUCUCUACCAAAAUGGUCUGUGAAGGAUGCAAUAAUAACUGCCAAUGCUCGACAACAAAAUGUGGCGACAACUGUGGCUGCAACCAGGAAUGCAACUGUGUCUGCAAGAAUGGACCCAAGGAUCAAUGCUGCACAAAUAAAAACUAAUUUUGAGAAUGGAAGAAGAAUAUGACAUCUUGAAGGAAAAUAGCUGAUAUCUUUUAUUCAUAAAAAACCAACAAUCAAUAAAACUUAUAACUAU